CCUAAGGGGUUUAAUUUCUAAUGGACGUGGUUCGAAAUCCAGCUGUGUGUGACUGUAACAAAAGGGAAUUUUCUCCUUGAAAUUUUGUGAUAUUUUGUUUUCUACUGAAAUGUAUGUGAUAAUCAAGAAUUGAGGUUCACGAAGGUUAUUGAAAUGAUUAAUGGAAUCUCGCUAAUAACAUUUAUCCUUCAGACUGGAGAGAACAUGUACACAGUAAGAAGUCAGAGUGAGGAGGGAACACAUGCUGUGGACAUGAAGGUGGGAGUUAUUACUUGCUUUGUCGGAAGAACUGGCGGGGCCUGCAAACAUCAGGAAGCUACAAUCAAACAUUUCAACGAGACAUCUACUAAUUUUCUUCCAUCAUCUUCAGAAGAAAGGGCUCUCAUAUUGAAGAUUGAUACUGGAAAUGAUGUGAACGUUCCAUUCAGAUGGCUAGAAUCACUCCAGUUUGUUGAACCAAUGGUAGGAUCAGGAGAAGGUCAAACAGAACCAUCUCUGCAAGAUGUGCCAGAUGCGAGUGGAUCUAUACCUUGGAGCACGUUGGCUGGAUCCUUUGAUGCAGACAGUGGUGAUGACUUCGAAAUGGAACCAAAGAAAGUCCAAGACCCACAGCUUGUGCGUAUCCAGAGUUUGGAAGUUCAAAGAGACUUUCACAAUGCUUUUGAUAGACGUCUUCAUGGUGGCAGUAGUUCAGGAAAUUCUCCAAAUCAUUUGGAGGAAGGUCUUCAGGAAAUGUUUGAAGACAUGAAACGAAGACUUCAAGGAAAUCCCGAGGUGUUUGAGGGCCCUGUAAAGAAAAUGUUGAAAAGCUAUUCAAAGUUGAAAGGGAAUAACAGUUUAACCUCAGCCAUGAGUAUGUUUGGUCGGUAUAAUGGUAUCAACUUUGCAAAGCGUACAUGUACAUCAUCAAAGACCAAGGCUACUGAUCAGUCACCUCUCACCUCUGGGCCCAGCAUUGGUGUUCAACCGUUGUCAAUCGCCAGGAGAAAAGUGAAGCUUGGGGGUAGGAGAAGCUUAACAAGGGGCCGGCCAACCAAGCAAGCUGCGACUCAGGAACAUGGUUAUGCCAAAGGAUCCCACUCUCAAUCAGGGAUUCCAAAGAGGGCAAGAGUAGCUGCACCACAUUCACUGAGCCAUGCCACUACAAUGUGCCAGUCUCUUGGAAAGACUCACAGUUCUAAGUGAAUCUUAACAGUGCAUAUAUGCCCAGGGGGAUCAAGAAUAGUUUGAUUCCUUAACUAUAAAAUCUGGGGUCUUCAUUCAAAAGUUUUUUCUCUAAAUACUGGUCAUAAAUCGCGACAACCAGGUAUGCAGCUCUGAUGUUUCGCGUGUUAGAAAAAAAAACGUGGUUUCAUGUAAAAAAUCAGUGCAACUUGUGUUUUAAGUCCAUAUUUAUAAAUCUUUUACCAUUUUUGUCUCACCUGCAUAGCAGCCACCGCUCUUCGGCGGUGACUAUCAAAUCUUAACCAUAGGUUAAGUUUUGAAAUGACUGCAUAACUUAAAAAGCAUAUAGACCUAGUUCAUGAAACUUGGCCAUAAGGUCAAUCAGGUAUUACUGAACAUCCUGCCUGAGUUUUGAGUCACAUGACCAAGGUCAGAGAUCAUUUAGGGCCAAUUAACUUAGACCAUGUUGGGGGAAUCAGCAUCAAAACCUUAACUUAAGGUUAAGUUUUUGAAAUGUCAUCAUAAUUUAGAAAAUAUAGGGACCUAGCUUGUGAAACUUGGACAUAAGGUUGAUCAAGUAUUACUGAACAUCCUGCUUGAGUUUUACGUCACAUGACCAAGGUCAGAGGUCAUUUAGGGUCAAUGAACUUUGGCCAAAUUGGAGGUAUCUGUUGAAUUACCAUCAUAACUUCGAAAGAUUAUCAAUCAGAUUCAUGAAACUUGGAAAUACAAGUUAUCAUGUAUCACUGAACAUCUCAUGCGAGUUUCAGGUAACAUGACCUAAGUCAAAGCUCAUUUAAGGUCAUUGAACUUUGGCCAUUUUGAAGGUACAUGUAAUUAUUAGAUUGCUGUCAUAACUUUCAAAGUUUAUAGAUAUAAAAUAUAAAGAUAUAAAAUGUGGAUAUAGGGGUAAUCAAGUAUCACUGACAAGUUUUAGAUCACAUGAUCAAGGUCAAAUGUCAAUGAACGUAGUAUUGUAUAAUAUGAAUGUUUUUUUUGUGAAUAUUUAUUUUAAAGUAGUUUUCAAAGUCAGCACUGCUGCUAUAUUGAAUAGCGUGAUACAGGUGAGACAGCCAGAGGCAUUCCACUUGUUUUUUUUUUUUUUUUGGGGGGGGGGGGGGAGGGGGGAGCACCCCGAGCGCCCAACCGUCAGUAUGUCACUGUCCAAAGGCACCAUAACCUUUGUAGCACACAAUGAAAGGAUUUGAAAAAAAGAAACACUCUCUCCCAUACUUUGGUAAAAAAAAUUGUUCUUACCUAAAGAAGGAACAUUAAAAACUAAAAAAGAACAUAUAAAAAGGAACAACAGAACUAUUCAAGCAAAUAAUUAGACUUGGAAAUUAAUUUUGACUGUAUAAUUCGAAAAUUAUGGCAAAAAUAAUGAAAAAGAUGAGAGGAAAUCUGCUGAUUAGCAAGAAGUCCAACCAUCAUAUUUAUCAUUUCAUGCCAUUUUGGCGCAAGCCUCAUUUUUAGCUCCAGAAAAAAAAACAUUCCAAAAACAUUACGCUCAAGCAUGAACAAAACUAAAUCAUUUUAAUGGCAAUUGAAGUAUAAGACUUCAGAGCACCUAUUGACACCAAAAUAUAGAGAUCAUAAUUUGAAACAAAAAUUUUAUAGACUUUUCAAAUCUGUCCCGUUUUUUUUAAUACGCAUUGUAGGGGUAAUCAAGUACCGGGUAUCACUGACAAGUCUUAGGUUGCAUGAUUAAGGUCAAAUGUCAUUAAUUGUCAAUGAACAUAGUAUUGUAUCAUUUUAUGAAUUGUGUUUUUUUGUGAAUAAUUUUGGUAUAGUCUUUUUCAAAGUGAUUAAAAAAACCCAAAGGGAAUAGGGUUACGUUCUUAUUUGUAUGAAGUUGAACAUAUAUCCAAAACCAUCUAAAGUCAUCCUGUUACCACAUUAUUGUCUAAAGGUUAUUGUUGAUAUUACGUAAAAGGGUUCCGAAAACUAUUUGAGUUUGUAACAGAGCUGAUAUCAGAUAUCUUUCUGAAUGCAUUUCAAAUAAAGAGGAAACAACGUUUUUUAA